GCCCCGGCCCCGUGCCGGCGCCACACCGCGUGCCGAGGCCGCGCCGGGGCCUGGUGACGUGCGUGGGGGAUGGGGAGGUAUUUCGGUACCAGCGAGCGCCGCGGCCCCCCCGCACGCUUCACUGCAGUUAUCCCUCAAGACAGAAAAAUUUGUGCUUGUUUUUCCGCUGCUGCUGCUGAGCGGCUAGGAAAUAUCUCCCGCUACAGAGAGCCGGAUAAAGCCCUGGCUCCCGGAGCAGCAGCAGCUGAAACCAGCUUCCCCCCCCCGCCACCCAUCCCCUUCGCAAUUUCAAGACCUUGAAUUUACGGAGGCUGGAGUGAAAGCGACAUCGGCGUGCCCGCCAGCCGCAGAGGAGCUCCGAGCACCGGCGGUUUAUCACGUUUCCCCAGCAGAUGCGCGCCGGGGAGCUGCCUGCGCCGGCCGGGACUUAUCGCAAGGCCGGGUCGCAGCCGCUUCCUCCCUCCCUCCCCGCGAGCUCCGGGCCCCGUCUGCGUUCGGCCGCGGCGCGCCUUCCGGGGCAGCCGUGCUCAGCCAAGGGCUUGGAGCAAGCCCGGGCUUCUCCGUUCCCAAGUUCAAAUGGAAAACAAAAAAUACGUGUUUGGAAAGGAGAACGGCUCGCGUCCUUCUUCCUCUUUUAGCCCUUGGGGUGCUGGAGCAUGCCGGGGCUUUCGCCCCCGACGCCGCUCGCGUGCCCUGCGCGGGGCUGGAACCCCCCCUGCCUGCAGCGCAGAUGCCCCGCUGCCAACCAACUUUGUUCUUUCUGGAGGGAACAGACAGAUUGCAGGAGAAAAAAACUCUACCCCGGCCGCUGCCAAAUCCCACAGAUUUCGUUAUUAGUGGGCAAUUAGGAGCCGUUAUUAACGCUUCCUACUACGUUCGGCUCCAUUCGCACCGCGUCUCUGCGCCAGCCCGGACGCCGCAGCCGCUCUCCAGCCCCGCGGCGCACGUGGGACCACGGGGGGAAAACGGCGUCCCCCUGCCCACGGCUCCCGGCCCCGCCGGUGUAUUUAACGCACUCGUCUCGCAAAAUGCAAUUGGAAGGGGAAAGACGGAGAUCAGAACGGGGGGGGGAGGUAAACAGCAGCGCCGCUGCACUAAGGAAGAACAAUUUUGCUCUUGUUUUUUAGCUCGCAAUCAACAUCGAAGCUAUUCAGGAAACUGGUGCGCUGCCCUCCAACCAACUUCAAUUAGGGAAUUCAAAAGCAGCCAGACAAAAGAAUGCCUGGGAGUUACUGCACCGCACCGCGGUAUUUUUAGCAGGAGCUGGGAGGCUGCGUGUGGGGCUGCUCCGCGCCCGCUGCAUUCAGCCUUUGUAUUUACAUUCGCAGGACAGCUGAGAUUUACUAGGUCAGGGGGAAGGGGAGACAAGAAGCUGCGUGCGCCGUUCCAAGCGUUUUGCUUUCUGACGCUCUCGGAAGGAAUUUCGGAGAAAUGUGGUCGUCUCCAGGGCGAAACACAACGAGCUUUGCCUCCGUCUGCCUCAGGAGCGGCCCUGCAGCAGCAGCCCCGCGGCGCUCCUUUCCAAAGGGCGCUUUCAGCUGCGGUGCCGCUGCCCCCGGCGAGCCCGGAGCUGAGCCCUGGCCGUGCCCCCCCCCCCCUCCGGGUCACCAGAUGCCAGUCACAGCCCGCGGAGCGGUGACACUCGGUGACACUCCUUGUGACACUCCUUUCCAGGCAGGCCACGGGCUUUGUCACGGGAAGACAAUCGCCAAAAACAAAGGGGCCACAGGAGGCGGCCAGAUCCCCCAGCUGGAUCCGGGUCUGGGCGAAGAGGAGCACGGCCGAGCCCC